UUUUCUCUUCCGCUCCGUCCCAAUGGCACCGAGAGUCAUUGAGGUGAGCGCCAAAUCAUCGCAUGACGAAGAUCUCUCCGAUUUCGACUCAUAGGGUGUGUUCAUUCAUUGCAGGUUGAACCGUCCUUCUUUCGCCUUGAUCCGGACGACGAACAGGUGCAGGAGAUCGCAAAGUGCCUCCCAGGUACAUCACAUCCACACACACACACACACACACAGACAGAAAGAUUCAGAUACAAAGAUAGAUGGAUGAAUGCAACUAACUCAUCUGUGUGGUGGUCUGACUGGCUGCCUGUGUCUGUGUGCCCCUUCUCUGUCUGCCAGGUUUUGACUUCAAGGGGGUGCCUGCCUUCUUUGACGUGGGCGGCAUCGUCACGCAGCCCGACACCUUCCAGCGGGUGAUUGACCUCUUCGUGCAGCGAUACAACAGUGACCCGUCGCAGCACCGGAUCACCAAGGUGGCUGGGUUCGAGGCCAGGGGGUUCGUUUUCGGUCCGCCCAUCGCGUUGGCCCUCAAGGUGCCGUUCGUCAUGCUCAGGAAGAAGGGGAAGCUCCCCGGGCCUGUCAUGAUGUCAGCUAGCAUCCACAGCAUUCCGUUGCAGAGGGGAUGCUGUCCUCUCCUCUCUCUCUCUCUCUCUCUGUCUGUGUGUGUGUGUGUGUGUGUGUGUGUAGGUACGAGUAUGAGACUGAGUACAGCCAGGACAAUCUGUGCUGUGCCUGCACAGCCAUCAAGGUGAGUGGAGGAAUAGACUCGCCCAUCCAGCCAAGCCAGCAUAUGAGCCGCUUCGUUUCUGUGCUUCAGGAAGGUCAGCUGGCGGCUCACAUGCACAAUGCUCCCAUCCAUCGCGUGUGGCUUCCAGGUGAUCGUGUGCUGCUCAUUGACGAUCUCUUGGCCACUGGCGGCACACUCAUUGCUGGCGCCAAGCUAGUCCAGGGGCUUGGGGGAGAGGUGGUUGAAUGCUGCCUCGUCACGGUCAUUGAGGGCCUCAAGGGAUGGAGAAGGUAGGCGGGGCGGGUGAGCAUACAGAUGCAAAUGGAGAUGACACUUCUGAAACACAUUUCUGUCUGCUGUGUGUGUGUGUAGGUUUCAUGAGGCGAUAAAGGAGAUCCCCAUCUUCACCCUGGUGGACUGUGCCAGGACGCCCUCCAUGCCGGAGGGGUCCACGGCAUCCUACACAGUCGAAAUGCAGUACAGAAAGGCCAACGACAGUGAAUGAUGGAACGUACUUUAUGGCGUUUGGGUGUUUACGUGCAGUUCGGAGGAGGCGCGGUGCAUCCGCGAUGCGGUGAAAGAUGCCGACUCACGGAGCGUACUGAUCAAGAGCGACGGCGGAUCCUACACCACUGGCAUACCCGGUGCGUGGCUGCACCCACUGCACACAUGGCUUCAACAAUUGCCUCAUUGUCCGCUGUGGCGUGUGUGUGUGCGUGUGCGUGUGGUUCAGGUGCGGAUGGCAAGUACAACGAGAGGUACCUGGAAGAGGCCGUUGAGGACACAGUCGAGACGCAGCUUGAGAAGGACAGAUAGAUAGAUGAGACGCACACGCCACUCAGUUCUGUUCGGACGCAGGACGUGUGUUACUUGAUCUGUUUGUUGGUCGAUGGACGUGUGUGUGGAUGGAAUAAAUGAAGCCGAGCCGCACGAUUCAGAUGGACUCAUUUGUCCGUGUGACCGCAUCGAAAC